AUGUCAGCAACAUUAAAACCAUACACCAGUGACGACGACUUCCGUAUUUUAAAGGGCGAACACGGAAAGAUUAAUUGGAAAGAAUCUCGACUUAAAAGCUCAAGAUUUUAUUCAACUGUGGUUUCUAUUUUAAGAUUUUUACAAUGGUUUCUUGGCAUUCUUUUCUUUGGGCCAGUUCAACGUCUGUGGAGCCCUUCCCACAUCAUUUUGCCGUCAGCAAGUGUAACAGACAAUAAGCCAAAAAUGUCCCGAAUUUUCGUACUGGAUAGUGUUUCAUCCUGUGAUAACCUGCUACAGUCGUACCGUGCACAGUAUCCUUUUAAGAUGAAUUUUGUUGGGCUAGACUGUGAGUGGGUGAACAAGAAAGGCCAAAAAAGCGCCCCUGUUGCUUUGCUUCAAAUUGCAACUCCCCUUUGUGACUGUUUUCUUAUUCGUUUGUGUAAAAUGGGGAAUCAUCUACCACAAACUGUAAGAGAUGUCUUGGAAGAUAAGAACGUCCUUAAAUUUGGUGUUGGUAUACAAGAUGAUGCAAAGAAGCUUUCAGGGAUGUUUGGCAUGGCCGUGCUGGGCUGCGUGGAUCUCAGGCAUGUAGUACAGCGGUGCCGAUUGGAUCAUAGUGGCGAGCGAAGGUACCUUAUCUGUAGUCGUACUGCCUCUGUUGUCAUGGCAGCUGAUCAGUUUACCAUGAUAAGCACCCUCCCUCCUUGGGUGGUCAUUUGCGGGAGGUUUGACCACAUGAAAGAAAUUUUCAACUCUUUGUUAAUAAUAAUAAUGGAAUUUAUUUAGCGCUUAUACAUCGCUGUUCUAAGCGCAAUGUUGCAAUGCUUCAAAGCACCAAAGUAACAGUAAAUUUAUAACAAUUCCUGAGAGACCAGACUUGAACCAGUCUCAAAACAAGUUUCUUGUUGCAUUUUUCUUGAAAUGCUUGUCACUUCAGUAAAGAAGUAUUUUGAGUUUGGAAGUCAAAGGGAAAGAUAAAUAUUCACUGCAUUAUUGGUUUUGUUUUACAGUAGUCACAAGAUGAGCCUUGAUGCCUUAGCCAAGAGAAUACUAGGUGUUGCAAUGGAUAAAUCAUGGAGGAUUCGAUGUAGCAAUUGGGAAGCAGAUCAGCUCAACACCAGACAGAUUGAAUAUGCUAUGAAUGAUGCUUUAGUUGCAAGCCACAUUUUUCUAAGACUAAUUAAAUUGAAGGAAGAAGAAAGAAAAGUUAGCAGAACUUCUGACAUUUUUGAGGAUUGUUCUGAAAAGAAAUAUCAAGUUAUUCAAAAUGGUGAUUUGACAUAUGCAGAUUAUUUUGACCACAGGGUCAGUGAAAAUGAAACUCAUUCUCAGUUAAAUGAAUUUGAUGCACUUGCUGAUGAGACAUCUUCUGUUGAUACGGAUUUGGCAACUAGCAGUGAAAGCCCUGACUGUCAUGUAGUAGGAAGAGAAACUAACAUUGCACUUGCCAAUGAAGCAAUUAAUAACAUUGAAUCACAAGAAACAGAGGACAAAGAAAAAUAUGACAUAGAAAGCAUGAGUCAUGAAAAAUCAAGUGAGGUUAAUGUAGUCAGCAGCCUUGAGAGCCAUCCUAGAGAAGAUGAUUUUGCAUUUUGUAGUGAUGUUGUACCAGAUGCUGUUGAUUGUACCAGUGUCUGUACUUUUGACGAGGAGGACAUUUCUUUUGAUGGUUAUAAAGUCACAGCAGACCUAAAUAAGAUGGUAUCUGAAGGAGGAGAAGGCUACUUUCCCAGAGAAGAAGUCAUCAAACUUUUGCAGGACACGUCCUUUUGCCAAAGAGCACAUUCUCUCUGUCAGGGAGUGACUGAUCUUGCAUUCAAGCAUAAAAAAGGGAAGGUUACAACUAAGAGGAAUACUAAAGAGAAUGAUGGGGCAAAUGAAUAUCCUUCAAUUGCAACUGAUAAAAAGGCUUACAAGGGAACAAGAACUGUGAGAAAAUCACCCCUUUACAUGAAUUGUAUGUUAGCAGCCCCAGAUGGUUCAAAGCUUUGCACUCUGAGUCGUAAAAAGGCAGAUUGGUACAUUGAAAGGGGACUAGGUGGGAAAAUCUAUCAGUACUUAUCUUAGAAAGCAUUAGUUUAAUCUGUGUUUAUUUCUAAGUAACUACUGAAUAACUAACUAAUAUUGCUUGGUAUCAAAACCCCCCAGAACAGACUCGCAACACCAUUGGAUUCAGGCGGUUUAUAAAUAAUUAUCCUACACAUACAGAUGAUGAUUUAUUUUCCCCUAAUAAAUAUACAUUUAAUAUAAUAGCUAAGGCCCAUCAAAAGAGUAAAUCACAAAAUCAUCAUCAUAUUACAGGUUUCCUAACUAGUCUGUAUUAAAUCGUACACUAAGGUAAUCAAUGUAUUUAUUUCACAAUUACAAAUUCACCGAACUCUGCUGCUGUUAGAUGCCAUUAACUUUCAUUGUAAGAGCUUAUUGAUUAUAUGUACACAGGUCAACCAACAACAGGAGAGAACCUUUAAAAAUUAGAGUCUUUUUGACAGAUAGGAUUCUUCAUUUCUUGUUUGAAUUGUUAAAUAGAUGAGCAUACAUGCGUCAUACAGUUGUGUAACUGUAGAACAACCAUUAAAAAUGAUCUACUUUUUUGUAGGGGAACUAACUGGUCUUGACCCAUACACUGUCCAGCUCAAAUUUGAACCAUCAGGAAGGCCAGGAUCAGAAGACUCAUAUUACCUUAAUUUCAAGGACAACAUUUGUGUUGUUUGUGGAAGAGGUGACAGUUACUUGAGGAAAAACGUUGUGCCGCAUGAAUACCGUCGUUAUUUCCCAUCCUUCAUGAAGGACCGUCACUCACAUGAUAUCCUCUUAUUGUGUUCUGAGUGCCACUCUUUAUCAAACUGCUAUGAUUCAAAACUGCGAGCAGAGCUGUCAGAAAAGUAUAAUGCUCCACUAGGUAAGGGUUUCUGGGUAAGGUAUACAGACAACUCUCUCUAAGACAAAUACCUUUGGGACCUGACCUGCACUAAGAGUCUAUCUUAGAGAGAUGUCCAUCAAUAAAGAGAGUAAAGGAAGGCAGGGUCCAACCAUAGAUGACCAUUUUACUUAGGUGUCCAUCUGAUACAGGUGUCCAUUAAGAGAGAGUUCACUGUAUGUCAUUCAACCAGAGGGCUCUAUUAUAGCAUUACACUAAAUUUUACCACCUUCUCCUUAAUUUUGUAUUAACUGGUGGUUGGCAUUGCCCAGGCGAAGUUGCAAGCCUAACUACUGUAGGAUGAACCCAACCUAGCCCAUGCACAGAUGCCCCUUCCCCUAAAAAAGAGAGUGUGUCUGUAGACAGGAAAGGUCCAAACUGGCCUAAGCUAACUGAAGGUGACAGGAACUUGGCCUGGUAUUAAGAGACUUACUUAAAACCUGUAGCACCCAACUCAUUGACACAGUCAUGAGUUAACACAGUUUAGUUCUAUGCUUAGAACAUACUAAAAUCUUACCAAUCCUUUUGUCAUAUUUAAUCACUUUAAUUUUGACCUUUCCUUUCAGGAAACGCCACCGUUGCUCGUCUUACCAACGAUUCAGAACUGAGCAAAGUCAAAUCCGCUGCAAAGGCCUUAAACUACGCAUAUGAUCGGCUCCCUGAAGAAAGGCGUGAAACCUUAUUAAACUGUGUUAAGAAUUACUUCAAUGUUCAGGUUGUUACCCCAGAAAUGAUCUCCCAAGCUGUAGUCAUGGAAACAGCAAAAGAAAAUCCCAAUUUUGUGUCUCAUGGACAUGAAGUGGUGAGAAAGAUUCGCGAGGAAGGAAAAUUGCUCGAGUUUGAGAAAAUGUGGCGGAAACACUUUAUUGAUACAAUGCGCCCGCAGUACCUUCCGCCUUUGUGGUCAGUAGACCAUCGUCACGAAACAUUAAAGGAGAAACUUGAGAACAAAGUUGACGGCUGA